AUGAAGCUCAAAGUGUACUCAGAUCGCCUUUCUCAGCCAGUUCGAGCCGUCAUCAUCUUCUGCAAGGUGAAUGGUAUAGAAUUUGAGGAGGUCAGAGUAAAUCUCGCAAAACGUGCACAUUUUACUCCUGAGUUUUCAGAAAUUAAUCCCAUGAAUCAGCUGCCUGCCAUUGUUGAUGGAGAAUUUAAGCUCUUUGAGAGCCAUGCCAAUCUUAUCUAUCUUGCUUCUUCAUAUGCUGGAGUUGCAGAUCAUUGGUAUCCGUCUGAUAUUUUCAAGAGAAGUAAGAUACACUCGGUGUUGGAUUGGCACCACUCCAACUUACGCCGUGGUCCAGGUGUAUAA